CUUGGCCGGGUGGACCAGGUCUCUGAGUUUGAAUAUGAUCUGUUCAUUAGGCCUGAUACCUGUAAUCCACGCUUCCGAGUCUGGUUCAACUUUACUGUUGAAAACGUGAAAGAAUCACAGGUGAGGGAAGUAAUGGAUACCUUCAGUUUGGUUUUGAGGGUCAUUUUCAACAUUGUUAACUUCAGCAAGACUAAAAGUCUUUAUAGAGAUGGGAUGGCCCCUAUGGUGAAAUCUACCAGCAGACCAAAAUGGCAAAGGCUGCCACCUAAAAAUGUUUACUACUACCGCUGCCCAGACCAUAGGAAGAAUUAUGUGAUGUCCUUUGCAUUUUGUUUUGACCGAGAAGAUGACAUUUAUCAGUUUGCUUACUGCUACCCAUACACAUACACUCGCUUCCAGCAUUACCUUGACAGCCUGCAGAAGAGAAACAUGGAUUACUUCUUUCGUGAGCAGCUGGGCCAGAGCGUGCAACAGCGUCAACUUGACCUCCUGACGAUAACCAGCCCUGACAACCUUCGGGAAGGGGCUGAGCAGAAGGUGGUAUUCAUCACGGGGCGAGUCCACCCAGGUGAAACACCUUCUUCGUUUGUGUGCCAAGGGAUCAUUGACUUCCUUGUGAGCCAGCACCCGAUUGCUCGUGUCUUACGGGAACACCUGGUCUUCAAGAUUGCACCAAUGCUCAACCCUGAUGGAGUGUACCUGGGAAAUUACAGGUGCUCUCUGAUGGGAUUUGACCUGAACCGUCACUGGCUGGAUCCCUCUCCAUGGGCACACCCUACACUGCAUGGGGUGAAACAGCUCAUCAUCCAGAUGUACAAUGACCCGAAAACAAGCCUGGAGUUUUAUAUUGAUAUCCAUGCCCAUUCCACAAUGAUGAAUGGCUUCAUGUAUGGCAACAUCUUUGAGGAUGAGGAACGGUUCCAGAGGCAGGCCAUUUUCCCCAAGCUCCUCUGCCAGAAUGCUGAGGACUUCUCCUACUCCAGCACAUCCUUUAACCGUGAUGCUGUGAAAGCAGGAACAGGUCGUCGCUUCCUUGGUGGACUCCUGGACCACAGUUCCUAUUGCUACACUCUCGAAGUCUCCUUCUACAGCUACAUCAUUGGGGGCACCACGGCUGCUGUGCCCUACACUGAAGAAGCCUAUAUGAAGCUGGGACGGAAUGUGGCAAGAACAUUUUUGGAUUAUUAUCGGCUGAACCCUGUGGUUGAGAAAGUAGCGAUUCCCAUGCCGAGGCUGCGGAAAGAAAAAGCCCCUCCCUACAAGUACCCACUCCUGAGGGGCCCGGCCAGCAACUACCCCAAUGGCAAAAGGGACAAGAAGAGCUCAGUGAACCACAAAGACCCUUCAAUCUUUUUAAAGACAUGGAGUCCGGGGAGGUCUUGUGGGUGCAGGAGUGUGCACUUUCUGCUAGGACAUAAAUUAAUCCCCUUUUCUAGUCUCCCAGAUAAAGAUUUGUGGGAUAAUAAAUAGGCUAGUGAAAGAGGAGAAAAAUGAGAAAUUUCAUCAUUGAUUUCCCCUUUUACCAAUGGAAAAUCAAUUGUGAGACUUCAGCUCAAAGCUCAGGAACAAAAUAGGAGACUCUAACCAGGUGAGUACAGAUGCUAUCUUCCACAAAACAGAGUCUCUCUCAGAAAGAGGAAAACUCACACAUCCCUUUGUAAGAUGUUUGACACAUCUCAGGUCAGUCCUUUUGAAGCCAUUUUACAUUUUUAAGUUGUAUAUUUCCUAUAAAUGGCUACCUUUUAGAAUAGGCUACAGUUGUUUGCUCUUUUAAAGAUUCAAUAUUCAUAUUUUCUGAU